CAGCUCUCGGCCUCAAACUUCCUGUGUGGUGUAUAUAAAGACAAGCACACUGAGAAAACAUUAUCACUAGAAAGCAUCUCUGAGAGGGGGAACCAUGAUGAAGACACUCAUUUUUCUCCUCACUUUGUGUCUCGCCCUAUCAGGAACCAUCAGAGGCAAAAAACUACUCUUGGAUGCAAUUAUUCAUGACCUGGACAAUCUUACAUUAGCAGGAAACAUCAUGUUUCAACCAAAAACGAAUCGCUGUGCAUUAAAGAAAAAUUGGACAUGUAAUAUUUCCAGAGAGUUCUUUGAAGAGCUCAAUGUGGCCCUGCAGAAAGUCAACGUAGAAAAAUUACCUCCCAAAAUGAAUACUACUCUGAGAACCGUCAAGGAAGAUCUACAGAACCUCAUAGGUUAUUUCCUACAAGGGCAGAUUUUGACGGGGGGAACCAGACGGUGUAGAUGGUAUCCAGGCAAAAAUUUGGGUUGCUACAACACAAUCCUACGGUGCCUUAACCUUAACUGCACCUUUAAUAAAAUAGGAAAUUAACUUAUUAUCCUAACUUAUAUACAAUGACUAUUUAUUAUGAACAUGCUAUUUAUUUAAUGUUACGUAUUUAUUUGUAACUUAACCAUUUUAUGUUAUUUAUCUAAAGAGGUACAGGUCUUUAUUGAAUGUAAAAAAAAAUUGUAAUAUUGCAAUUUUUGUCUGGAGUGUAUUGCAACAAUACAUCAUAUAAAAUGUUUACAGACAUAGAAUGGUGAGACUAGACUUUUUAUUUCUAAGGCUUAACUCACCUGACUGUGGUCGCCAUGCAAAAUGAAUUUUAUUAUGACAAGCUACUAUGUUCCUGAUACUGAUUUGAUUCAAUAGAUGAACAAUUCUACAUUAAACGUAAUGCAUGUUGUUUACUUCGGUCACCUGUUAUAAGAGUUAAUAAAAUCUUUAUUUAUGUA